GAUUGAAGAAAGUCUGUCAGCACUCUCUUGAAAUAUGGUUGUAGAGACAGCAUACUAUGAUAUUUUGGGGGUUAAACCCAAUGCCACCCAGGAUGAACUCAAGAAAGCCUACAGAAAACUUGCUUUAAAAUAUCACCCUGACAAGAAUCCUAAUGAAGGUGAAAAGUUCAAACAGAUUUCACAGGCCUAUGAAGUCCUUUCGGAUGCCAAGAAAAGAGAUUUGUAUGACAAGGGUGGCGAGCAAGCCAUUAAAGAGGGUGGAAUGGGAGGAGGUGGCUUUGGUUCACCAAUGGACAUCUUUGACAUGUUCUUUGGAGGAGGUGGGAGAAUGCAGAGAGAACGAAGAGGUAAAAAUGUAGUCCAUCAGUUAUCUGUGUCACUAGAAGAUUUAUACAAUGGUGCCACAAGAAAAUUGGCUCUGCAGAAGAAUACAAUCUGUGACAAAUGUGAAGGACGUGGAGGCAAGAAGGGAGCUGUUGAGUGCUGCCCUAACUGCAGAGGCACUGGCAUGCAGAUUAGGAUCCACCAAAUAGGACCUGGCAUGGUCCAGCAGAUACAGUCUGUGUGCCCUGAGUGCCAAGGACAAGGCGAAAGGAUCAAUCCCAAAGAUCGGUGUAAAAGUUGCACUGGUCGUAAGAUUAUCAGAGAGAAGAAGAUCCUCGAAGUUCACAUUGACAAAGGAAUGAAGGAUGGGCAGAAAAUUACAUUUACCGGUGAGGGAGACCAGGAACCUGGACUGGAGCCAGGAGACAUUAUAAUAGUGUUGGACCAGAAGGAUCAUGCUGUUUUUACAAGGAGAGGUGAAGACUUGCUGAUGCACAUGGAAAUUGAGCUUGUGGAGGCACUCUGUGGAUUCCAGAAACCAGUAGAAACAUUAGACUCUAGGACCAUAGUAAUUACCUCGCUUCCUGGUCAAAUUGUUAAACAUGGCGAUAUUAAAUGUGUGCUGAAUGAAGGUAUGCCAAUCUAUCGAAGGCCAUAUGAAAAAGGACGCCUUAUUAUAGAAUUCAAGGUCAACUUUCCAAAUAGUGGCUUCAUUUCUCCAGACAAACUCCCUUUGUUAGAGAAACUUCUGCCUGCAAGAAAAGCUAUUGAAGAAUCUGAGGAUAUGGAGCAGGCAGAACUAAUGGAUUUUGAUCCAACACAGCAGAGGAGAGGCCAUUACAAUGGCGAAGCAUACCAUGAUGAUGAUGACGACCACCCAAGAGGUGGUGUACAGUGCCAAACCUCGUAGAUCAAACCAGUUCACUCGUGUAGCAAACAUUUUUGUAAUUUUCUCUCUGAUUCCCCCCCAUGACUGUCUGCAGCACAACUACUAAAAGGCAGUGCUUUUUUUUCUUUAUUUAUUUUUGCCUUAAGGAAGCGUAAUAUGCGGUAUGUAAAACGUGUCUUAUACUUUAGCACUUAAGGCUGUCAGAGAAAACUGCAUUUGUUUUUAAAUAAAAUGAAGACUUCAGCUAGUGCACAGUUCACAUGUUACAUACAAUAAAUGUCAGUGUACUCCAAGCCUGGCUUUAUGUGAUAUUUACCUUCAAUACAAACCUUCUGUUUCCCGCUUAAUUUAUGUAUAUUUACCCCCCCCCGUCUUUAAAGUUGGGGUAGGGUGCUUAAGGGCUGUCUUGCAGCUCUUGGCAAAACCUAGAUCAGGGUAUCUAAAGUUGAAGAAUCAACCAGCCACCAAAUACAUGUAAGGCUGUAUAGUUAUCUGCAAUUACAGGAAGGCUGAAUCCAAGCAGUCUAUCCACCAUCAAACCGGUAUAAAAUGUCAAUGUAUGUAAAUAUUCAGUUCAUGCCUCCCAGUUUUUUUGCCUGUUGCACUUUGUGUUAAUAGGUUAACUCAGUCUGUCAAAAUAAAGUACUUUAAAGUAUC